CGUUAUCCACCCUUCGGUAACAUCUAUGGUCGGCCGAAAGGUUACGGACAGAUCAUUUCCUCUCAUCACUGAGACCUUUCUUUUUAAUGAUUGGGCGGAUCUGGCUUGGACCUAUGAACAUGAGAGACACCGUUUGGACCUCAUCUUAAACGGGCAUGUUACUAAGGCGGAGGAAAAAAAGAGAAACGCAAUGAAGGAACGAGAUGGGCUCUUGGAGAGAACCACGAAACUUGAAGAGACUCUAAAGAAGAUCUGGGAUAUUGAGAGGGAGUCGGUGGUGGAGAAUAAGAAAAUGGACGGGGAUGGCUAUGACCCAACACUCAUGGGGAUCAUGGGGGAUGAGGAGGAGGAGCUGAGACUGCUACUGGACAACCAGCCCCCACCGCCACCUCCACCAAGGGGCGAGGGGAUGGAUGGUGGGCGGAACAGGAACAAUGGUUUUAUCCCUAUCGCUUCAGCCCAGUGGGUGGAGGAUAAAGCUAAACGUCAGCAGGAUAGGGUUUGGGUACAGGGUGGUUUCAAUUACCUGGCCCCUAUCAACAUCAAGGGCUGGAAGUUCCUCGCGGAUCUCUCAAAGAACGAGGUUGAGGAGUGUUGGAGGAAGGCCCUGGCCGGGAUUUUGGACUAUGCUAACAACACCCCGCACUUCGGUGGGAAACUUACCUUCCCUAUGCUGAGUGAGCUGGAUCCCACUAAGUGCAUCUACACUAACCCUGUGGUCAUGCAGAAGAUGAUUACUUCGUCCCUCAACCUUGAUAUCAGGAAUCUACGCAAAGUUUGGAACGUGGGGCGCCCGUACCUGAAAUGUAGAUGUGGGUUUAGGAAUGCUCGUACAUGUAAUGGUGGACCAAUCUGGUUCGACCAUGCUAUCUGGUUCCUCCUGGCGAAGCCGGAGAUUGUGAAACCAGAAGCCGGUUCGAAUCGGGUUAGGAUCGCCUUCCUCCUCCAUCACCUGAGGAACUUCUGGAGAGAGCUUGCCAAAGCCUCCGUCAUAUUCAUAUGGAUGCGCGAGGUGAUGCUGAUGGUGCUAUGUAAUCUCAAACGCAAUCCGGAGUUAAUGACUGCGGAUGCCCUCACCGGGAGUACGUUCAAAACCCAUGCCUGCCCGAAAAUCAUGGCCAACCUGAUCCUCCCCACUCGGAUCACCCCGGGACUUCCUGCUCCGAAACUCCCGAACCUCGAGAAGAGGAAGAACAGAUCCCCUAUGGGGGCCAGAAAUAAAAGGGUCAACUCUGCAUCUCCCCGACAGCACACCUUGUUGAAUACGUUCAGAAUCGCACCAUCUCCCGUUGGCGCCUCUUCUUCAAGUCCCGCUAGCAUGACCAGCAGUCAGCGAUCUGCAAUCGUAACUGAAAGCCACGUAAGCGGCACCGCGGACACGAGCAACUUGACCAGGAAGCGCAAGAACCAGUUCUAGGUAAUUCAACGAAUAGCUAAGGUAGAUAGGGAGAGAGAUACAUAUACACACACACAUAUAUAUAUAUGUAUAUAUACAUAUAUAUAUAUAUAUAUAUAUAUUUAUACACGCUCACACACACAUGAAUAUAUAUAUAUAUAUAUAUAUAUAUAUAUAUAUAUAUAUAUAUAUAUAUAUAUAUAUAUAUAUAUGAGGAUGCUUCUGUAUGGAUCUCACUCUUUCUCCCCCACACUCUCUCUCGUUCUCCCCCUUUCCAACAGAUGUCGAAUUUCCUGGAGUCCUCUGAAGGUGAUAUUCGAGAGCUUGCUUACCAACUGAUUGCACCCGAAAGG